AUGCCCACCUUGCUGACAGACCGGAGUGCCAUGUGGCCUGAGGAUCCUGUUGAAGUGGCAUCCGUUUUCUCAGUCUCUUCUAUGCCGACAAGUGUUUCUGUCCCAACGGCCUCGGUCUGUCGAACAACGAGCUGGGUUCUGUCCACCACCAGCCCCACCGUGGAUAAGGAGAGCUUCUGCAACCAUGAAGUGGUGUCCAUGGUCGGAGAGGCAUGCAGUUCGUCAGCGGAGGCACAGAGCCAUGCAGGAGGAGACUGCUUCUGA